AUGAGUAACAGGAGCCAGGGCCUGUCUCUCCUGCUUCCUCCCACUAGUUUUGGCAACGUGUUGAUGAUUGUCUUUAGCGUCCUUCUCCCCGCCGUCAUAAUCUUCCUGAACGUGUCCGUGGGUCUGGCCAUCCUCCUGAACCGGGCCUUGCGUAACGAGAGCCGCUUCUUGUACAUGCUGAGCACCUGUGUGAGCGACGUCUGCACAGGGGCGUCGUACUACUACGUGGGACUUCUCGACGUCAGAGACUUCCCUGAUUCCCCGACGCACUCUCUCUACGUGGCCCCUACGUUUUUAGGUCUGUCCGUCAUGGCCAUCAUGGCAGCUCAGGCCGACCGGUACCACGCCGUCGUCUCUCCUUUCAAAUACUCCCAGAGAAUAACGCGGAACAGGACGAUUCUUAUCAUCGCUUCCUACUGGGUUUACGCCUUCUUUAUCGUCGGCGUGCACAAUCUGGUCACGUUAGAGAUAGCCAGACGCGUCACCAAUGUGGGCUCGUUUGUGGCCAAUGUCCUGACGGUGAUAAUCAUGAUCGGAAUGAACGUCCGGUUGUUUUUUAUCGCGAAGCUUCAGCUGCACAGACUACCCCCGUCUGAGGAGAGAGACACCAAGCUGUCCUCUGUGUAUCUGAUUCUGGUGGUGGUGGCUUUCUUCUUGGUCGCGUGGGCGCCGCUCUUGAUCCAUAGCGUGGCCUGUAAUUUGGCAGGCUACACGUGUUACCUGUUCCGGAACGAGGGCACGGACCCCAUGCGCAUUUUGCCUCGAUUGAACUCAGCGCUGACUCCUGUGUUGUACAUGAGAGGCUGUGCGGCUAUCAGGGACACGGUGAUCUCCCGGGUCUGGAGACACGGCUGUGGGAGGAGGAGAGUGGGCCAGACACUUUAA